AUGGCGGUGCAGGUAAACGACCAACUAGCGGCUACAAUUUCGAAUGCUACAGAUAGAUUUGGAGCCUUUGCGUCGCUCGCUAUGCACAAUGCAACUAAUGCUGCAUUGGAGCUCAAGCGUACACCGGAGUAUGACGUAUUCUGGCAGAUGGUGUCGGAUUUGGACGUGCCUGUUUAUUUCCACCCCAGAACGAGCAUCCAGACGAUUCUCAACUUAUCCUUUUCGCAUGCGCCGUUUUUGAUCGGCCCAGCGCAGGAAUUUGCAGUUGGUUUGUCAACUCACAUUCUUGGGCUUUGUACAAAUGGUGUUUUUGACCGGUUCCCCAAGCUGAAGAUAAUCGUCGGCCAUAUGGGAGAGCGCAUUCCCUCGGAUCUAGUCAGAAUAGAUACCCAGCUCAAGCGAGAGAUUCCGUUCGGCUUGAUGAUGAAGCAGAACGUCACCACGUAUUUUCGCAAGAAUAUUUUCGAGACUACCUCUGGGAAUUUUGCACCGGAUUUGUUGAACUUUCACAUUGGUCAAAUUGGAUUGGACAGGAUUAUGUAUUCCAUUGAUUAUCCAUUUGUGAAUAUCCCUGAUGGAACGGCGUUUAUCAACGCUUUGUCCAGAACGAUGAUCCCAGAGGAUCACAACUCCUUGGCGAGAGGGCUGGCAAUUAAAGUGCUUCGGCUCGAUGAUUGA